AUUAAGACCUGUCAAGGGAAAUGCCAUUUCGGUUAAAGGUCGAUUCCGCUGGGGAAAACCCAUGACCAAAAAUAUCAGGGGAAUUAUAGAUACAGAAUACUUUAUAUUGCAAACUGGAAGAAGCCAUUUUAAUUACCAUUUGACUGUGUAUAGACGUGCUUUCUGAUGUAGUAUAUAUACUUCAGCUUUAUCGAAAUUUAAUAAUAGAUAAAUUAGCAGAGGCAGCUUGUCUGUUGAUAGAGAGUAAAAGCGACAAGUUAAAGACCAACUUUGACAAUGUCUUAUCGCGUGGAAAAGCGAAUCAAUGAGCUGAAGGCAGCAAUUGACUCAUAUGCACCCGGAUCGACAUUUCGUCUGGCACGAGAUCGGCCAACCGAGCUACCACCUGUCCUUCGGAUAGGAUUGUUUGGCCCAACAGGAGUGGGUAAAUCGGCGUUGAUCAACUCGAUGAACUACGCAACGGGACCGAUGUGGGAGAGUCGAGCGGCUGAGGGGUUUGCGGCUGAAGCCUCCAAGACGCUGGCUCGUAAUGCCUUUCCCAUGACUGAACAAAUAACAAUGAUUGAUAACAGAGGAAUGAGGAGCUUAGGAGGACCAUUCAUGGUUGAACUUGGUCAUCAGAUAGCCGGUGUGUAUAAUGAUGAGCAGGAAGUAGAAUGGGAUAUUGGUUUUCUACGAGGCCUGGUAGCAGGGUUAGAGAGGACCUUCACGGCUAAACCAGAAUGUGCAAUCCACUGCGCCAUUAUCGUCAUCAGUGCUUUGAACCUAAGCCUUCGAGCCACAGACCUGACCGAACUCAUUCUGCAGAUAAGAAAAAUGACAGGGCAUCCACCUAUCGUGGUCAUCACCCACCGGAGACACCCCGACGUACGGGAAGAAAUCAUCGGUGCUUUCCUGACGGGUCUACAGCAGCAGCGCAUCGAUUACAAGUACGAGGUCGAGAACUACACCACGGCUGAUCACGAGUACGAUGCCGAGAAGCACCUGGUUCUCCUUGAAGCCCUCUAUCAAUGCUGCAUCGUUGGUGACAAGGUCAUGAAAUACAAGGAAACCAAUCAGGGUUGUGUUAUUCUGUAAUAUCCGUCAUCCCUGAAUCUGUAGGGUAAAUUCCCACUUGGUCUAAGGCCCGUAUUCUGAUAGCAGGUUUAACUUAGACUCAGGUUUAAAGUUGUGGUUUAAGU